AACGACUGACCCAGAACGUCGACGCAAAAAAAAGUGGGGGAAGAUCUCGACGACGCUCAUCUCACCCUCGUCGCCGGCUCCUGCCUCCUCCUUCUCAUCGCCGGCUCCUGCCUCCGGCAGUCGCCGUCGCCUACUCCCUGCCCCUAGUCCCGAUCCCGCGCCGUCACUUGCCCAUUCCCUCUUCGCCUUCCAUCCCGUGCCUCCCCCAUAUCCCAGCCGCCUCCGCUCAGUCCUCCCCGCGCAGAGCCGCCGCCGCCGCCUGCCUACGCCCGGACGGACUGCUGGUUGACAGGCUCCAGUCCAGGACGUGGCUGAUACAGUGACACCUGGGGCCCUGCCGUUCCAUUGGGCUAGCGAUCCGAGGGACGAGACGGGCGCACACCAGGUGUUCGAGGGAAUGCACCUCUGAAACGCCUCUUCCCACUCUGGCCUCCGCGAGACGAACGAGCAGAGCUAAGAAUGACGUUCGGGUCUGUCAUCGAGAGGAGCGUGGCGCGGCCGCUCAUGAGGCUGGUCACCAUGGGCGGCGCGCCCAUCCUGCAGCAGCUGCACCUGGAGGAACGGCUGCUGCGUCGCACCAGCGAUAACUGGUGCAUCGUCAACGAUGGCACGGCUCCUCCCACCAUUGUCAUGGGCGUCUCCGGGAAGGUCUCUGAGCUCGUCGAGAUACGGCCUGUGCUUCAAGAUCAUGUGCCGGUGGUAAGGCGGUUCAGUGGAGGUGGCACUGUAAUUGUUGACCAGGGGACGGUGUUCGUCACCUUCAUCUGCAACAAGACUGCUGUCGCUGGGUUGCAGCCGUUUCCUCGCGACAUCAUGUCAUGGACAGGCCAGCUUUAUGGUAAAGUGUUCCGUGGGUUCGGUGAAUUUCAUCUGCGUGAAAAUGACUAUGCAUUCGAUCAUCGAAAGUUCGGUGGAAAUGCUCAGUCCAUAACAAAAGAUCGUUGGGUACACCACACAUCAUUCUUAUGGGAUUAUGAUGUGAAAAAUAUGAGUUACCUAAAAAACCCACAACGUGCUCCUGAAUAUCGGCAGGCGAGGGACCACACUGAUUUCCUGUGCCGCAUGAACGAGUACAUGCCAUCACGGUCGGUCUUCACUGAAGGCAUAACUGCGGCCCUUGGAGACCACUUUACGGUUCAACACACGGAGCUAGAGACGGCUCUCCCUGACCACGAUGACUUCGUGCCUUCUACGAAGGUGCUAUCCCCGCAGGACUUACAAGACAUCAUCUCUGCGAAAGAAACCCCCACAUCACAGAGAGUUCAAGGAUGGCCACACUGACGAAGACCACUGCUUGUUUUAUGACAUAUGAUGGAUCUUUUUUUAUGCCACACUCACUGCUUUCACUUGAUUUUGAGAAAUCAAUCAAUCAGGAGGCGUGUUUCCAAUAUUUUUGGCAGGCUUAUCUAUGCUGUUGCCUGGUGAAAAUCGGUGAUAGGGUUCAGACUAGGCUUUGGGGUACAUGCUUGGUUGGCAAGCCUGAAACUGUGGUAUGGGUCACCUGCAGGUUUUACUCUGUACUUGCUACUCUCUUUAGUACCUUACGUAGUUACCUGAAUGGAUGAUGGUGGAAAAAUGAAGAUUCCAAAGAAAUAUACUAGCAGGGUAGUUUUUCUUUC